AUGGCUGCAUUGCUGGCUGAUGCCUGGGGGCCGGCUGGCUUCAAUGCCUUUCCUGUCCCUGGCUGUGCGGGAAGUGGUGCAGCUGCAAAUAUAGUGCUGCUUAAUCUGUGGGACAGGGGAGCCAGACCGGCGAUGCCCAUCAUGGAGCACAGCCUGAAGCUCGCCGCUGUGGGAUACCAGGGCUUGCGCACACAUAAAGGCCAGCUGCUUUGCUCGCAGGAGGAGGAUGUAGCUACUGAGCUCUGUCCCGUCCACAUCACAGCAGAGAGCAUGUCCUGCAGAAAGGCAGGACACAGUCUCACAUACUCGGCGGUAAUGAGCCUCAAGGUGCACUUUGAGCAGCCCAUAUGCCUGACGGGCAUCAAGGUUGGUGCGGCGCCUGGCACUGGGGGUGGCCCUGCAGGCCGCCCAUACAUCAACCUCUUCGCGCUUGAUCUGACAACUCAGUCAGCCGCUCGCUUUGUACUGCUCACCCAGCACUGCACCCUGCCUGACAAAGACACCAAGGCAGUGCGCCUGGAUGCGAUUAUCACAACCACUGUGGUGCUGCGUGGCCAAUUUCAGACUCUGCCGGUCGCCCUGUACGGCUGGAAAUUAGCUCUGGACAAUGGCCAGGGUCCAAGCAUUGAAAGUGCUGUCUACUCUGCCAACUUUCUGCCUCCAACUCCUGCCCCCCGGGCUUUUGCAGGCCAGCCCUUUGCUGCGGAGCUGCCCAAGUAUGCGCUGGAGGCUCUGCGGCCUCUGCUGGAGAUCUGGGAUCGCGCUGCAGCGUCAGAGCGCCGCCUGCGGGACGAGACGCUGACCAAAGAGCAGCUGCAAGCCGUGGAGGCGGCUGCAGACCGCAUGUGCGCAGCAUUACCAAAUGCGGGCGCCCCUUCCACCAGCCCUAGCCUGCUCUACUCGCACUUUGGCUCGGCGCUGACCAAUGGGCUCGGGCCGAGCGGAGAAGGGGCUGCGGCGGCCCCGGCCCCGGCCCCCGCCAUAUCAGAGCAGGUGGCGGACAUGGCAGCCGGCUGGUCCCAGCUGCUGGCAUCUGGACCGGGCUCGGGCUCUAUUGCAGCGUUCGGCAUGGCAGGAAUAGCCGCAUCCGUCCUUGUUGCCGCAUGCCCCAGGUAUGCUGCGCGGUUCCUGGCCGUGAAUGGGGCGGGCGCACUGACGGCAGCGCUGGCGCUGGCGCGGCCGCCGGUGUCGGUGAUCCGCUACGCAAUAGCCGCGCUGGAGGCGGUCACGCGCGCGUGCGGCCCUGCCGGCUGCGAAGUCGCGCUGGGCUGGUGGGCUCCGCCCCUGCCCCAGCUGGACUGCCCGCAAGCGCCCAGUCCUGGCCACGCUGAUGGCCGGGCACUCCAGGAUGCUGCCGAGCUGGCUGAGCCAGAGAUGAAGCUUGAGCAGGGGUAUGGGAGGGAAGGGGAAGCGCAAGCAGGCUUCCUGGUCAAGGAAGAGCCGGACGUGGAGGGCACCACCCCAAGGGGCGAGGAUGUAAGACUCCCUGCGUCGACAUUUGAUGCGCAGGAGGACUAUGACAUGCUUGAAGAUGGAGAUGCUCAAGCAGACGCCAAUGCAGACGAGGACCUGUACAAAGACUAUCAGCUCAACCAUGGAGGUGGCCAGGGGGAGGGAUAUGAGGGUGGUGAAACCGCUGGAGAAGGGGGCGGCGCAGAUGAGGCUGAGGCCCAUCAGGAGGACGAUGACCUGUAUGCUGACAUCGUGCCAGGACUGGCGCAAGUUGAUGGGGAGUGGGAUGACAGCGAUGAGGACGUUGCUGGAGACACGGGCGCAAAUGGAGGCCAGAACAACGCAGAUGAACAGUGGGGCUCUGACGCACAGCCGAGAUGGGAGGGCGAGGAAGCUGCUCAUGCAGAUGCGGACCAUCGCUGGAAUCCUGCCAUUAAGGGGUUAGCGCCGCAGGCCGCUGCUGACGACGAUAACAUGCUGGACAAGAUGCUGGCGGACACUCCAGACCACUUCUCUGAGGAAGAGGAGCCGCAGCUGGAUGCAGGUGCACGAUCCGCAGAAAACGGGGGCCAUGACAAACACACCAGCACCUCAGACAGGGGGAACAGCAGGGAUGAGGGGAACUCAAAACGCAAGCACGAGCCGGUGAGGUGGGAACCAGGGCAGGAGGGCGGCGCUCGGAAGAAGAGCAAAAGUGAUCAGGACAAGGACGAUCGCCACAAGGACAGGAAAUCCCAUGACAGAGAAGGGGGCCACAAGGAGAAGAAGCGCAAACACAAGGAGAAGGACAAGGACAGGGACAGGGAGAAAGAUAAGGAGAAGGACAGAGAAAAGGACAGAGACAGGGACAUUGGGAAGGACAGAAGCAGGGACAAGGAGAGGACCAAGGCAUUAGAAGCAGAUGGCGACAGGGACAGGAAAGAAAAGCAGCGCGAGAGGGACAGCAGGCGGGAGAAGGACAGGGAGAAAGACAGGGAGAAAGAGAGGCAGAGAGAGCGCGAGAAGGAGAAGGUCAGGGACAGAGAAAGAGCCGCUGAGAAGAGCCACAGGUCAGAGCGCGAAAAGGAGUCCAGACGAAGUGUGGAAGCCCUGAAGAGCAGGGACCAGGAGCAGGCUCAGCGCUCCAAAGAGGCUCCUCGAGACCGGAGGGACCGCUCUCGUGAGGAUGAUCAAAGGGAUCGCAGAAGUGCCAGGCCAGAUGCUGUGGACACAGCUCGCAGGACCAGUGACAGCAGGGCACGCAGUAGGCCUGGGCGGGAAGAGAGCAGGCCCAGCAGAGAGCCCCAGCCAGCCCCUGCAAAGGCAAGAGGCAGGGAGGAGACAAGGCGGGCUGAGCCAAUCAAGGAAGACCCAAGCAGGCAACACAGGAGCAGAGACGCCCCGGUGCCUGCGGGUGCCAGGACGCGCCCUGAUAUCAGGGAACCCCGCACGAAGCGGAGCCGCUCUAGGGAGCCGUGGCACGACUCCAUCAAGCCUGACCCCGACACGGAUAUUGCCCAGGAAAAUGCGAUGGAGAGGGCGGCUGAGGCGGCGCGGCAGGAGGAAGCUGACAGCGAGGCGCGCACGGCGGCGGCCGCGCAGGCGCAGGCGCGGGAGUUUGAGCGAGAGAGGGAACGCGCGGCGGAGCGCAUGGAAAGAGAACGCCGCGAAUUUGGCGGCUGCUACUCCGCCGUGCUGGAGGCCAUCCUGCAGCCGCUGCCUAAACAGGUGGCUGCUGCAGGCGCCCAGCUGCUGGCACGCUUGAGGGUGGUGGAGGCUGUUGCAAAGUUUCAGGCGGCGGGCGAGGCGCUGGCCCGCAUGCAUGCCAGCGGCUCCGCCCCUGACACGCAAGCCGCCCAGGUGGCCAUUGCGGAGACGGCCAGUACCCUGACAGCCGUGGCGCACGCCCUGGCAUCCUCGGGCAUAGCGGCAGAACGGCCUAUACUGCCCGUGGUGUCUGAUGUGGUGAAGAGCUUGGGCGCCACCCCGGAGCCGGACACAGUGGCGCUUUCUACGCUGGCGGCUCGCAGAGCGCUUGCUCUGGUGGCCGCCGUGAUGCAUGUGCCUGCGGUGCAUGCCACCCUGCUCGAGCAGCAGGGCCUGCUGCAACCGCCCACCACACCCGCUGUCAUCAUGGUAGAAUACCCCAACCUGUAUUACCUCCUGGCGCACCUGUCAAAGCCGCUGCUGCAGGCGGUGCGGCGGCUGCUGGCGGUGCUGCUGAGCUGUGCCGGGGGCCUGGACCUGCUGCUGCGAAACCCCAUCCCCACAGGAGCCCUGCUCAAAGCCCUCGACCCGGCCAGCGACCCCUACGGGCCGCCCCUCCCCCAAGACCUGGAGCCUGCUAGGGGUUCGAGCGAGCACCUGGCGGCGACGCUGCGCGCCAGCAUGGCGGCUGCACAGGCGGCGCUCGCGCUGGUGGAGGCCCCGGGCCUGCACUCCGCUGCGGCCGCGGACGCCGCGCGUGCACUGGCCGAGCUGCUCAAUUGGGAGGCCGGCCGCGCCGCCGCCGUCUGCGCAAUCGCCAACGUCCCUGGCGCCCUCAGCCGCCUGCUGGACCUUGUCCGGGACCCAGUGCAUCCGCACGCGGGCAGAGAGGGCCAGAAGGCUGCGGCGGCCGUGCAGUGGCGUGCGGGGGCGCUGUACGGUGCAGCGCUGCUGCAGGAGCUGGUGCAGCACAGCCACUGCGAUGCCCUGCGCACAUGGGCCACCGCUGCACCCGCCGUGCAGGCUGCCGUCUCGGACGCACUCUCGGCCGUGGAGAUACCCUCUGACAAUGAUGAUUUGAAGAAGCAGAGAGUGGCGCGCAUGCUGGUGGAUGUGAGGGGCCGUGUAGAGGCCAUGAUGCUGCUGCGCGACAAGGGCAUCGGCGCCCUCAUCACCUGCCUCGACGGCAUCCUGCCGCCCCUUGUCGCAGCUGCUCCUGAUGUGGCCAAGGACAAGGACAGGAAUGCGAAGAAGGUGCCGAAGCACGUGGAGCUGAGGGCGGCGAUCGCGCUGCUGCACGAUGCUGACAAGAGCGGCAAGGCCCAGACUGCGCUGCAGCUUCUGCACGCCGUCAUCUCUGCCAGUGGAGGAGCCCACAUCGGCCUGGCCGCCGCAGACGCCGCCGGGAUCAAGGUCAUGGAUCGGGCGCUGCGCUCGUGCACGGCAAUGAUGAAGGCCAGCAGCGCGGACGACGCCGGCGCGGCCUUUGCCGGAGACGCCCUGGACGACCUGGAGGUUGCCAGCAACAGGCUGCGCGCUGCGGCCCUGCUGGCUGCGGCUGCCAAGGCAGUGAACGCGCUGCUGCAGAGGCUGUGUGAUGCAAGCGUGGACUUCAACAGCAGCGCCCUGCUGGAGGCCCUGCUGGCUGCGCACGCCACAUGCACCCUGUCCACGGAGAGCCUGGCCGCCACGAUUGGCCACCUGUCCUACCCCGCCUCAACGCCAAUCCUGCAGGCGAGGCAAGCGCUGGCAGCGUCCCUCAAGUGCUGGAUCGCGAACAGCAGCUGGACGCCCGAGCUCAUGCCGACCAUCUUCACGGCGCGUGCCUCCGCCAGCGGCGAUCCACCCCUCGUCAAUGCCCAGGCGCCGCAGGAGAUGCUGACAUCAGCAUGCAUGCUGGCGGACAUAUUCCCGGCGGAGUGGCCGCCGGCCGGCGCGGCGCGGCAGGGCGGCGGCUGCCACCUGCCGCCGGCGCACAUGCGCUACCGGGCGGCCCUCGCGCGCUCUUUUGAGCCGUCGGCCGCCUCACUGCGCCGGCUGCUGACGACCGCGGCGGGGAGCGAGGCAGUGCUGUUCCGCGCGGCGCUUGUGCGGCUGUGCGCGCGCGCAUCCGGCCUCGGCGGCGGCAUGGGCAUGUUCGUGGUGGGGCCCCUGAUGGAGGAGCUGGCCGAGGCCGCGCAGCCCUCCAAGCAGGUCUUUGAUGCGCGCCGCUGCCUCGAAGUUCUCGUGCCCUUGGCCUACCGGCCCGCCAUCAAGGCUGCGCUGCUGGACGCGGGGUGCGCGGCGGCGCUGGGCCAGCUGCUGGCUCGGCUGUUGCCGGCUGCGGCGGACCCAGCAAAGGCGGCGGAGGCGAGCGCGCUGACGACCAUGGCGCUGGAAAUUUUGACCGUGCUGUGCAACACCGACGUCUGCCUGGACCCCUCCCUCAGCGCCGAGCGGCGCGCCACCGAUGAGUGUGUCGGCACCAGCGAGGCCGGCAGCGUGGUUGCAAUCUUGCUAGCGGGCCUGGUGCGCCUGGGAGGCAAUGCGUUCAUAGCCAAGCGGCUGGUGGCAGCGCUGGCGACGCAGGCGCCCGGCCGCGCCGCCCUGCGCACGGCCGCCACGCGCUGGCAGGCCCAGGCGACCGGCGCCUCCACCACCGGCGAAGCUGCGCUGCAGUGGGCUGUCUCACGCCUGCGCCAGCAGGGGCAAGAUGGGGCGGAGGCGAGCAUGCGGCAGGUGUGCACGGAGGUGGGCGCAGUAUUGCAGACGGUGGCCACCACUGAAGAGGACGAGGACACCGAGUGGCCCAGCCCCGCCAGCGCCCCCAUCCGCUUUGCAGCCGCUGUGCAAGCCGCCCUCAACACCGGCCUGCCGCCGGCAAGCAGUGAGGACGAGCUGGCAGAGACGUCCAGCCCGGAGGCUCUGGUAUACGAUGCGGCCACGCGCAUGUUCUGGCGCAAUGUCAAUGCGCGCGCGGCCGGCACGACCAUCAACAAGCUGGGUCGCAAGCCCACGCGCUACGAUAUCCCCGAAAGCGUCCCUGUAGCCGCCGUCACAGCUCGACUGACCCAGGGUCUGACGCGUGCGAAGCAUCCGCGCGACGCCAAGAUGGCGGCAGGGGGGCCGGAUGCCUCCCCAUCGGCAGCCAAGGCGGCGCAGCAGCCGCCGGCGAAACCGGCGGCUGCCCAUGCGCCUGCCCAGCCGGCAAAGACGCCCCUGGCGGCCAUGCCCGGCGCCGACCUGCCGCCGGUGAUCGCACCGCCGGGCCGCACGCGCAACAAUGCGCGCGCCCGCAGCCAGACCGGCUCCCUGUCGCGUCCCACCUCCAUUCACGUGGACGACUUCCAGCGCAACGGCGGUGCCGACGCUGGCCGGCCGGGCGGCCUCACCACGCCCCGCGGCAGCGGCAGCGGCGGGGGCUUCUCCUUGCAGGGGUCCGGACGGCACGGCGGCAGGAGCGGCGGUGGAGGCGGCGGCGGCGGCGGCCCGAGCCUUGCGCAGCUGCUCUCUGACCCGGCCGUUGUUGCGAGCCUGAACAACCCGGCGAAGAUGCAGCAGCUGCUGGAGCAGUACCCCAUUCUGAUGCAAGCCUUGCAGUCCGGCACAAUAUGA